GCGAGUGACUGGGGGGUGGCGGUGUGACUCUGAGCAUGGUCCGCUGUGACUCAACAUUCUUCCUCCUCCCUUUUGUAGCUAAAGGCGACGCACGCAAGGCUGAAACCGAUAAGCAGGCAGCCCAAAGCGGCCCAGGCUUGCGCCGCCCCCCCUCACCCCCACUUCCCCGGCCUUCUUCCCCCAUCCCUCUGCUGCCCCCCCUCAAAAAACGCCGCAAGACCGUCUCCUUCUCCACAGAGGAGGUUGACAGUAAAGUCACACAGGCCCCCGCCCUCUCCAUGCCCCCCACAUCCCCAUCGUCAUCCCCCGCCCCCACACCAUCUCUGCUCCUGUCGCCUGUCCGAGCUCAGCCGCCGGAGUCCAUCCUCACCUCUUUCUCCCCUGUUGCCCCGCCUGCUGUCCCAUCCGCAACCCCCACCAGUACCCGGCCCCCACCGGUGCUCCUCCCCUUCGCUUCCAAGCCAGGGGAAGGCGGAGCCCUCUCCCCAUCUCCUUCAGCAGGUUCGGUGCUCACAGUACCACCACCAGUCCGCUCCCUCCGUCCAGACGAGACUAAGAAAAGCCCUGGGGCAGCAGCCCCCCCCCACACCCCCCCAGCCAAGUCCCCACCAGCUUCCAGGCGGGGCACCGCCAAGGAGACACCCCCAAAGUCCCCGGUGGUUCCACUUCCACUUGUCUGUCAGACGGUGCAGAACUUGCCCCCAGACCACGCCUCCAUGGUGAGGACAUCCUACGAGGAGCCGGCUCCCGUGCCCCCCAUCCCAUCUCCUGUCCCAGCCCCCAGGGGUCGCCCCCGAGGCCGUCCUCGGACCGUCAGUCUGUCGGCCGCUGCACUGCCCCCCGUGUCGCAGGUGAGCCCCGAGGGCGAGGACGGAGCAGAGAGGGGGCACAGGUUGCGUCUGCGCGAACAACUGGGUGCCACCGGCCUGUUGCAGCUGGCAGGGACCCCGGGCACGGCACCCACCCCCGACCUCACCGUCCUGGCCGACGUGGCUCUAAAGCUGGAGCCCGAGGCUCAGGACUCGGAGGAGACGGAGACGUCGGACGAGGCGGAGGAGCAGCAGCAGGCACUAGGACCAGAGGGGGGGAGUCUAGCGGCAGGAAGUGUGACCAUGCUGCACCCCGAGGGCCAGUUUGUCUGGCUGGAGCACAACUACUGCAAGCCCCAGGUGCACCUUGCUGCUCCAGCCGCUGCUGGUCAGAAGAAGGCCAAAGCGGAGCCCCACCCGGUGCUCCUCCCUGCAGACAUCAACCACCAUGCCAUGUCCGGGGUCCUGGAGGCCCCGGAGGAGGUCAUAGGAGAGCCACAGCCAUCCAAGGAGGAAAUUUCAGAUCUCUACCAGCCCCUAGUGACUCUGUCUGCGCUCGGGCUUCUGGGCGAGCCUGGGGAUGCUGAAACCAAGGCCCCUGUGGCCCCUGCUGCCAUCGCCACCCCAGUCAAGCGUAGGGGCCCAGUGGCCAGGGAAGCAGAUCGGGAGGAGCAGGAGAAGGGGAGGAGCAAGGGGAGGAAGAAGAGGAGGAAGGAGAAGCAGGAGCAGCAGCAGGCAAAGAAGAAAGAGCGACAGAGCAAGAAGGAGAAGAAGAGGAAGUUAGAGGAGCUGGAACUGGAGGAUGUGGACGUGGAGCAGCUGGAGCCCGGUGAGCCGUCCGAAUCUGACGAGUCGGAAGAGGAUGAGGAGUGGCGCGAGCCGGAGGAGGCGAGGAAGAGCGAGCGGCGCAGGUCCCGGCCCAAGGCCUCUGCCGUGCUCCCGGCGCUGGCUCGCACCUUCCAGCCACGCAGCGAGUUUGAGCAGAUGACCAUCCUGUAUGACAUCUGGAACGUGGGCCUGGAUGUGGAGGACAUGCGGCUGUUGAAGGUGACCUACGAGAAGCUACUGCAGGAGGACCCCAGCACAGACUGGCUCAACGACACGCAUUGGGUGCACCACACUGUCACCAACAUCCCCAACCCCCGGCGCAAGAAGAAGAACCCAGAUGAGCAGCUGCGGGAGCACGUGACAGGCUGUGCCCGCAGCGAGGGUUACUACGCCAUCAGCCGCAAGGAGAAGGACAUCUACCUCGACCUGUACCCCGGCUCAGCGCAGGAGCUCGACUAUGACAACCUGGCCACCAACCGCGUGCUAUCAGAACGUCGCUCUGAGCAGCGCAGGCUUCUCAGCGCCAUCGGCACGCAGGCUGUCAUGGACUCUGACUUGCUGAAGCUCAACCAGCUAAAGUUCCGCAAGAAGAAGCUCCGCUUCGGCCGCAGCCGGAUCCACGAGUGGGGGCUGUUCGCCAUGGAACCCAUCGCUGCCGACGAAAUGGUCAUCGAAUAUGUGGGGCAGAACAUCAGACAGAUGGUCGCUGACAAUCGGGAGAAGCGCUACGCCCAGGAAGGCAUUGGCAGCAGCUACCUGUUCCGGGUCGACCAUGACACCAUUAUCGAUGCUACCAAGUGUGGCAACCUGGCCCGAUUCAUCAAUCACUGCUGCACUCCAAACUGCUACGCGAAGGUGAUCACCAUCGAGUCCCAGAAGAAGAUCGUCAUCUACUCCAAGCAGCCCAUCGGCAUUAAUGAGGAGAUCACCUAUGAUUACAAGUUCCCCAUUGAGGAGAAUAAGAUCCCCUGCCUGUGUGGGACGGAGAACUGUCGCGGCACGCUUAACUGAUGGCCCCCCCCCGGAGGCCCCUGUUCUGAGCAAACACGCACAUGACCCCCCCCCCCAAGGCACAAUGACCUCUUUUAAUAACUGGCUGAAAAGGGGGUAACCGUGU